ACGUGACGUAUUUUCGGCGAAAGCGAGGGGCGUACAUAUGAAUAAGGUGUCGAUAGAGCUUUCUAAGUUACUUGUUAGAUUGAUGAGACAUGAGUGUAUCGUUCUGAGAAAAAAAGUUUUGCCAGUUGAAGGAGAAGAGAAAAUUUCAAAAUUGGAGGUUAUUCACAGAAUUAUUUUUAUUUUUAUAUAGGAAGAAGUACAUGAAGCAUUUGUUUCUUUUUGAAUUAACUAUAUGCUGAACUUACAAGACGGAACAGACGAAAUCACCACCAUGCCUGACAGUGACACAGGAUCAAAGAAUCGAUCAGAAACAGUGGAUUUGACUGACCAGUCACUACUUGUUGAUAUCUCAGAUGCCCUAAGUGAAAGGGACAAAGUAAAAUUUACUGUACAUACAAAGACAACAUUACCAGAUUUUCAGAAAAAUGAAUUUUCAGUUGUUCGUCAACAUGAAGAGUUUCUGUGGCUACAUGAUGCUUUAGAAAGUAAUGAAAAAUACUGUGGUUUUAUUAUCCCUCCAGCUCCUCCACGUCCUGACUUUGAUGCUUCAAGAGAAAAACUACAGAAACUUGGUGAAGGAGAAGGAGCAAUGACAAAAGAAGAAUUCAGUAAAAUGAAACAAGAAUUAGAAGCAGAGUACCUGGCAACAUUUAAAAAAACUGUAGCCAUGCAUGAAGUAUUUCUACAGAGGUUAGCUGGGCAUCCAGUUUUCAAAGUGGACCAUACUUUUCGAAUUUUUUUAGAAUAUGAAAAGGAUUUAUCUGUUCGGGGAAAGAACAAAAAAGAAAAAUUUGUUGGGCUCAUUAGUAAUAUUAAAGAAUCAGCAGAUGACAUGCUAUUAUCAACAACACAAAAGGAUAUGGAUGAGUUUUUUGAACAUGAGAAGAAUUUUUUGAUGGAAUACCAUACACAAGUGAAAGAUGCUACUUGGAAAGCAGAUAGAAUGACAAGGUGCCGUAAAAAUGUUUCAGACACCUAUCUAACAAUAGCAUCUACUUUACUUCAACUUGCAACAACUGAUGCUACAGAUUUAGAGAGGGCAUUUACUAAAUCUUCAGAAACUCUUGAAAAAGUUCGGAAAGUUGAAAGUCGAAUAGCAUCUGAUGAAGACUUAAAGUUGUCUGAUACACUUAGAUAUUACAUGAGAGACACCUCUGCAGUAAAGAACCUACUUUAUCGAAGACUAAGAAGUUUAGCAAAUUAUGAAAAUGCCAAUAGAAUCCUAGACAAAGCUCGUAGCAAAAAUAAGGAUGUACAAGAGGCAGAGAACCAACAACAGGAAGCAUGUGAGAAGUUUGAAAACAUAUCAAAGUUAGCUAAGCAAGAGCUGCAGGAUUUUAGAACUCGACGUGUAGCUGCCUUUAAGAAAAACUUGGUUGAAUUAGCAGAGCUUGAAGUGAAACAUGCAAAGGCUGAAGUACAACUACUGAAGAAUUAUUUAACAUCCAUCCAGGAAGACGAUUUGAGGCAUUAGUUUGGAAUGGAAAUGGCUAGUUUAUGGGGUGUUUCAAGGACUCAACUAAAACUGCUGACCAGAGAAAAAAGUAUGUCAGACUGACCACCUGUCAGGGCUAAAGUCUAUACCAGAGUCCACUUGUAAUGACACAAAGCUUUGUUAAAUAAAUUGUGAUGACAAAUUGAUUAAGUAUUUUUUUUUGUGUUUGAAAAUGUUUACUCUGCUGGCUGUAUUGUAUGUACAAGAAGCCUUUAUAACUACUUUAAUAUAACAGGGCUGUACUGUUUGGAAAAGGGAAUCUUUUUAACAAAUUUCUGUUAUAUUGUUACUGUAUUGUAUGUAGAAAGGUAUCUGUUAGAGGUUUCUGUUGUAACUGACUCUAGUGUUUAUAAACAUCUUUUGUUACAAUGAUUUAAACUGUACUACUGCUACCUUUUUAUGAUGGUGUGUGUGUGUGUGUGUGUGUCAGAAGUAGAUUUUUUUUAAGUGUUAGCCAUUUUCCAUUCCAUAUGAAAUAUUUGAAAUUUAUCAUGAAAUUGUUAAACAGAGUACAGAGCAUGUUGUUUAGAAUUCCCAAAUAAUUGGAAGAGAGAGAGAGGAAUUAAUCAGAAUUUCAAUUCAUAUAGAAGUUUCUUUUCUGUGUUGUUGUUUUCAGGCAUACAUUCCUCAUAUCUUCUUGACUCUUACACUUAGCCUAACAUACAUUGGCAUAGUAGAGUAUAUUCAGUGUUUAAUAUUUUGGCUAAGUAUGUACCACAGAUUUAGUAUUUGAAAAGUAUUACCUAGUUACUUCUUUUUGCCUUUUUACCCCUAGUCAAAAACUGAUCUUGUGCAAUGAACUUUGUUUUUGUAGUAAAUCUUUUGAUGAUGUUUUAUAUUCAAGUUGAGGGUAAGUGUGAAUUUAUAAAUUUUGAAGCAGAAUAAAGGAUGUUAAUCUUGCCAUUUGAAGUGUUUUCAAACAGAAAAUAAUGUUGGUGUUUACAAACCACUUAAACUAUAUUAUCAUACAGUUAUAAGAUUUGUUGAUUCCACAUUUGAUGACUUGCAAAGUUUCAUUAUUGUGUGGAAUAAAUUAUCCAAAAAAAAAUUAGUUGCUUUGUUUCACUUCUUUUGAAAUGACUACUUUUUGUGCAUUUGAAAUAACUUAAAGUUUUUGAGACCAUUUUACAUUUUAAGCAUGUUUUUGAAGUUAAUUUUGGGGUAAGAUGUAACAAUUUUUAGUCUGAAAACUUUCCGCCAAAUUCAUGAAAAAAGUACAUGUUUUGGGUUUUCAGUGGUGAAUAAAUUUGUGAUGUUUAAAUUUUGGUUUAAAUGUUCUGUAUCUUAUUUAGGACGUAUAUAUUGUCUGUCUUGUUAGUAUAGUAUUAAAAAACAAAUCUGUUUGCCAUAGUGAUUUUGUUCAUAACCAGCAGUUAUUGGUGCACAGUACUGGUCAACUUAGAAUAAUUUUGUCAUUAAAUGUAAAGUCUCGUUAGGUUAUAAUGAACCUUUCGGGUGUUUGUGUUUGUUUAUACAAUUUUAUGAUUAAUCAAACUUAAAAAUUCAAGGUCUAUUUAAUUACUCCACAGUACAAACAACAAUUGUAUGUUUUUUAACUAAAUAACAAGUCUUUGAUAAUAUUGCUAUUAGAAUAUCAUUUAAAUUUGUGUAAUUGAAUAAGAUAUUUAAUUAACCCAUGAGGUUUUUAUAUUCUUUUUAAUCAGCAGAAAAAUAAACUUGCAGGUUGUUUUAUGUAAGCAGUGUUUUAAAAGUGUCACCAAAAUUACUGUAUGAAAGUAGGAAACACUUGUGUUUAAAAUAUUGAGUUCUUCAUUUGUAAUCUGAACACUAUUUAAGAAAAGUGUGUGUGUGCCCACUUAUAACUUGCAAACUGCUUGACCAACUGUUACCUUACUUGGCAUGUACCCAUAGGUCUUCCCUGUGCAUUGAAUGGGUGUGUCAGCUAGUAACAUAUAAUUUUUGUAAAGUUUCCAUCAAGUCAUCAAAUUUAACGUUUAACUGACAAUGUAGGUGUUUCUGGGAGUAAAUUAUAAAUUACUAGCUACAAUACUUUGUAAAGGAAGAACCUGAAUAUAUCUUAAUUUAAAGAAUAAAGUGGUUUGUUAUAUAAAUGUUCAAUCUGUUCUUUUAGUCCAUCAGGUUAAUUUUAUCAUGUUUUAAUCAAAUAAUGGGAAAAUUCAGGUAAUAGAAAAUAAUUUACUUGUUACUUCCCCUGCACAUACCAUAAGUCAAUCUGGUGGGACUUUUAAGAACCUGUUAAUGUUGAGUUUGUAUAUUAAGUUGAAUAUAGUAUUUUGUAAACAAAGUAGAUUUCUCUAUAAAUAUAGUUUAGAACACAGAAUGUAGGAAUGUGUUUGUGUCCAGUGAGUUUCUAUUUCUAUAACAGAUGUUAUUAUGCAUACUUAUUUCUUUAUUGAGUGUUUUCAGAAAAAGUAUUAAAAAUACAUUUGGUGUGUUACUGCUUGAAGAGAAGUAUAUAAAAUUUCUAUUUUUCUCUCCAUUAUUUUUUUUUUAUUCAACAAGUAAAUUCUUCUAGUUGUAUCUUUUUCUUUGUUUAUGUACUUUGAUGUUAUUAACACAGGUGUUGAGUUAUACAAGUGAGAUUUUUAAACUUGGAUCAGUGAGCUGUAUAUUAAAAACUGUUAAGGAAUAAUGUGUUUUGCACUUUUUUGUUUGAAUUUUGGUAUAGGUGAAAAUGAAGUUAUUUUUAACUUUUUUAUGUACUGGUGGUUAGUAAUAUAAUUUUUCUCAAACUUUUUUAAAUGCCAUAAGACAAGGUAAACUAAAAAAUUCUCCAGAACAUAAAGCUAAAAGCAGGUAGUUCUCAAGUUAAUAAAUUAUUACAUAAAUAAAUUGUUCCAGGUUUAUUAAAACUGCAAAAAUAUUUUAUUGAAGUGUGUUAUAUAAAAUGUGUUUGAAAAUUCUGAGACAUUCUGAAUCAAAAUUUCAGACUUUUUCAUGAUUAAGGAAUAUUAAAAUUAAUAUAUUUAAAAAGAUGCAAGUGUAACAGUGUUUUUAAAUAUGUUUUAUUAAUUGCACUGUUUGUAUAACCAAAGGUGGUUGAAAAGAAAGGGUUGUCAUUUUCAUUUUUUGUUUGCUUGAUGGACUUACUGCAUGAUUUAGAUGUUCUUAUGACAGGAAUUUGUUAAAAAUAAUGAAAUGUAAAGUCUGGAAAGAAAAAUAGGGCUGGUAUGUUGAUUUCUUUGUUGUUUGUUUCCAAAGGUCAAGUAGUUUUAAUGAAAAUGAUAUAAUGUCCCAGGUAUAAUAAAGGAGUUUUGGAUGUGAUGCUACACUUAUUUACAUGACAUUCUAAUGAUAUUCAAGAAGUACCAUUUGGUGGUUAAGGUAUAAGACAUAAAAAUUAAGAUACUGUCUUGUAGGCAAGUUGUAAAACAAAUUAAGAUACUGACUCUUAUACUUAAGGUACACAAAAAUUAAAACCUAUUUCUUUGACAAUGAUCCUAAGAGGACUAAAAUUAAAAAUGCUCAGUUAAAGUACAGAAAAAAUAAAACUGACCUAAUCAAGAUACACAAAACUUACUCAUAGUUAAGAAAGAAAAGCUUGAGAUACUGUCUCAUAGUUAAGAUACAUAACUAAAAUAUGAUCGUGGAUUAAAAAUCUUGGAAUUUGGCUCUGAGAAA